AUGGCGCAACCACUCGUCUUCUUCGUUGGCGCUGCCUCCAGCGGCUUUGGCAAAGGCGUAGCUCUCGAGGCUCUCAGCCGAGGCCACAAAGCCAUAGCGACAUCCCGUAAUUCCUCCAAGCUGGCCGAUUUGAAAGAGAAAGGAGCAGUCACGAUGGAUCUCGACGUAACUCAACCACUCUCCGAGAUUCAAGCCAUCGUCGCCGAAGCCCACAAAGUCUACGGCCGUUUCGAUGUUCUCAUCAAUGCCGCGGGCUAUAUCCUGGAGGGAGCGGUAGAAGAAGCCUCACCAGAAGAAACCUACGACUCCUUCAACACAAACGUCUUCGGGGUCAUCAACCUCACCCGCGCCAUAACGCCCUAUAUGCGUCAGCAACACUCGGGCACUAUAGCGCACUUCGGCUCUGUGGGAAGUUGGCAUGGAGCAGCUGGUGCAGGCGUGUACGUUGCCGUCAAGUGGGCCAUAACAGGCUUCAGCGAAUCUCUCGCUCUCGAGCUCAAGGAUUUCGGUAUCGACGUCAUCUCCAUCGAGCCAGGAUACUUUCGUACGGGCUUUCUCAACCCUGGAGCGAGACAACUCACCGCGAAGAGAUUGAAGGAAUACGACGCGACAUCUGUGGGAGUCGUGAGAAAGGUGUUCAACGAACAGAACAACAAGCAGUUGGGAGAUAUCGAGAAAGGCUGUAAAGUGAUUGUGGACGUGCUCACGAAGAAGGAUGGGAAGGAUGUGCCGAUGAGGUUGGUGUUGGGAAGUGAUGCCUAUCAAAUGAUCAAGGAGAAGUGCGAGAGUACCAUUGCUCUUCUAGAGGAGUGGAAGGACGUCACUUGUCGCACCGAUCAUUCUUGA